AUGCCAGCCAAAGAUGUGGGUCUUUAUCUUUAAUUACUUGAAAACCGAUUAUUAAUCAAACUCAUCCAAGAUGAGUCAGCUUUUCUUGUGAUUUUUCCACUUCACUAUAUUUCUCAUCUUAACCCAUCAAGUAUCAACCGAAGUGAAGCAUUUUUUUUAAAUUUUAAAAUUUUUUUCGUAUAAUGAGAGUUUGUCAAGUCUUUUUUAAGUCGAAGAUUCUCGACUGAGUUUUUUUCUAAAAAAAAAAAUGAAGAGUUCAAUUUUUAUGAAUUCAUAUUAAGGAACAGCUCUAGGUAUAGGUUUUUGAAAAUAAAGUACAAAUAAGAAUAUAGAAAAGUUGGAUAAUAGAACUUGACAAACAAUUGAAACGUUUUUGUCGCAAAGUUGCAGAGUUUAAGAGCCUUUGAUUAAAAAAAAAGACAUGAUACUCUUUUCAAGUUACGAGAAAAGGAUUUCUCAAAAAUAGAAACCUAUUUAAAAGCUGUUUCAAUUUUCGAUUCAUAGUGCGUUCAGAUGAGCUGGGAUCACUUGGUAGGAAGAUCACGGUCCGGUUCAUUAUUGGCCUUAUUCGAAACCUGGACAGUUUGGAAAAAAAAUAAGAGCUUAUUUUUAUUAUUAAGCGCUGAAUUAGAAGUGCUACUAAAAAAAUAGGAAUUUAUCCGAGAGCUUCCCAUCUAAGUUUUCAAUUUCAGGAGUUGAAUGGAAAUCUUCUGAAAAUUCACUAAUGAGAGAGAGAGAGAAAAAAAAAGAGUUUACCUUUGAAAUCGCCGAAUGCCACCCUCUAUUUAUUUCCUAAAAAAGAUACUUGCUUCGUAUAAUUAUUUCCUAAAAAAAAGUUGGCUAAGCGUUGAAUCAAUGACAAAAAACAACUAACAAGUACCAACGUGCGUGGUCUCAGGGAAGCACGAAGAAAAGCAAUCGCGGGCGGUCGCGCGGAGCAAAAGCGUCGGAGCAACAGUACUAUUCCGAUGAAAGAAGGGCAACUGAUAUGGACGAUUUUCACUCCGAAGCUUUCAUGAGUAACGAAAUUCCAAUGGAAAUACAUGACGACUUACAACAAGUUCCAGUUCAAAAGGACCUUUCGAAGUUAUGUAAGUUGAUCUUGACAGAUUUCGGGCGAAGUUUUGCGACAAGAAUAAAAAGUUAUUUAGAAAAAAAGAAUAUUGCGUUAAGAAAACUGAAAACACAGGGUCUCAAAUUCGUAAAUCGCAUUAUAGGAACUCUUUUUUGUUGUUAAACUCAACUACAUAGCGGCUCCUUUUAACUCAAUACGAUCCUUUUUUGUAAUUUCUUGAUGGAGAAGUCUUUCAAAACAUGCCUAGUUUUUUUUUCAGUUCACAGAAGUAUAAGAGAUGGAUUGGAAGAAGCUGAUGAUAGCGAUGAAGAUGAUGAGCCAGUUCCGCCGAGACGUUCAUUUCGUCCAAAAACAGACCUGGAGGACGAAAGACAGUGCCUUGUCGACAUCCAACUCUCGUGGAGUGGUAACCGAAAAGUCGGUAAGUGA